CGGCGCUGCGCUCCCGGCCGCGGGGCCAUGCGGGGGCCGGGGGCCGCGGCGGGGCCGUAGCGGAGGGCCGGGCCCCGAGCGUCCGGCAGCGGGGACCCCUCGGGCACCGACACGACUCCGCGGGAUGGAGAACGACCCACCGGCCGGGCCCCGGAGCUGCGGCCCCGCAGCCGAGGGAGCGGAGCAGGGGGGCGGCAGCGGGGUGGCUGGGGGCCUGCCCGGCUCCGGCACCCACUGGGACCCCCCCACGGGCCGCGGGGACGGGCCCACGGUGGUGGCGGCUGUCACCAACACGGCCUUCGAGGGGGACCCACCACCGUACUCGCCGCCGGACCCCAAAAGCGUUCACCUCCUCUACCUGCCGUUCCCGGCCGGCUUCUCCCAGCAAGCGUCCAUCAUCUACCAGCCGGGGCCGGGGCCGGGGCCAGGGCCCUUCCUGCCCCAGGGCAUCCCUCCUGCACCCCAGCCCUACACCGCUUAUGACGGGCAGCCGAGCACGGGGCCAUCACCUGCCAGCCGUGGGCAGCGCCUGCCCAAGGACUACAUGGUGGAGUCGGUGCUGGUGACUGUCUUCUGCUGCCUGCUGACUGGGGUCAUCGCCCUCAUCUACUCCCAUGAGACCCGGGCUGCACUCAGCCGUGGGGACAUGGCCCAGGCCAACGUGGCAUCCAAAAAGGCCCAGUCGUUGAUUCUCUUCAGCCUCCUCUUCGGGUUGUUCGCCUCCAUCAGCUGGGUCAUCUAUGUUCUGGUGGCCCUGUACCUAUGACAGGGACCCCGAGCCCCAGGGACACACCACGUGCUGGGGGCUCCUUGCGCCUCACCACGGCCUGGGGGGCACAGGCAGGUGGAGCGGCCGCAGCGCCCAUUGUGGCAUCGCUGGGUCUGCUGUGGGGAAUGGGUGACCACAAAGUAUUAUUGGGGCUGAGGGGCAGCAUCUGUUCUUCCUGGCGGGGCGAGGAGCUGCUCCGGAGCUGCACAUGCCUUCACCCACCCUCUCUCAGCCCUGUGAACCGUGACGUGGGCAGGACGAACCCAGACCAAAGCGAUGCCAGCACCGUGCCCCGCUGGAACCAGCUCUGGGCAAGGAACCUUGUCGGAGCGGCGGCACCACAUAUGGGAUCAGGCUCUGCUGUGGGAUGUCGAAUCUGGAUACAGUGGACUGUCACUUGGAGAUGCAAACGGGACUCUGUCGCAGGGGGAGUGUCUUACAGAGUCGGGGUUGGAGAUGGAGCAAAUGGCCAAGGCGUAACGGAGAGGCCAAGGCAUGCAGCCCAGGAGAAGCCCUCACUGGUAAUUAAUAACGUGAGAAGAUAUAAACCCACGUAUUUAGCUUCUAUGGUAAUUCUGCAAACACAAAUACACGCACAUGCUCAAUCACCACCUUCUUGCUGCUUCCAGAUUGAAAUAAAAUACAGGGGUAGCCAAA